AUGGCUCUCAAUCCGGACGAAGAUACAGAGUUUAACGACGCCCUCCGGAAACAUGGGAUCCUUCCGCCCAAAGCCGCUCCCGAACGCUCUCCUUCCCCCGAAGCAGGGCCCACACUCUCCGACCAGCUCGCGCAGGCAGACCUCGAUGAGCUAGAAGAGCUCGCAGACGAGGAGAAUGACAGUGACACAGAACGAUUUAUGCGGCAGUAUCAGAGGCAGAAGGUGGCUGAGCUCCGUCGUGAGGCUGGGGGAGCGAGGUUUGGGACUGUGAGGCCGAUUGGGAGGGACGACUAUACGAGAGAAAUUACCGAUGCGAGUAAGGAGGACGACGAGGGCGAGGGGAGCGGUACGGGCGUCGUUGCGUUCCUGUACAAGGACAGACUCGGUGACCAGAUCCAGGAGCUUGCACGCCGAUACCCGCACACAAAGUUCGUCUCUAUCGUCGGUGACAAGUGUAUUCCCAACUACCCGGACCGGAACGUGCCUACGCUGUUGAUGUACCGGAAGGGGGAGAUGACGAACCAGGUUGUGGCUUGGGGAGUUGCGGGGGAUAGGUCGAUUGAGGAACUGGAAGCGGUUCUUAUCGCUUCUCAAGUGAUUAACCCCAAGCUGGAGAUAAAGAGGAGACGAGCGAAUGCGGAGGACGACGAGGACGAAGAGGUGCCUAAGCGGUCAAUACGCACAAGUCGUCCUAUAACAAAAGACGACGACUCGGACCUUGACCUGUAG